AUGGGUCAGCAUGGACAUCGACAGUCUUCGAUCUCUGCCUAUGGAAGUGUCAGCGAAGGCUCGAUAGACAUUCUGGAAACGUACAUCAAUAGAGUUGACUGUGAUUUUGAAGUGCCAAAGACGCUUUGA